AUGGACAGCUUCUUCUCGACCCAGCCGAGUUCCAGACCGGACUCAUCCGUCAGUGCGGCCUUCGCGUCGCCUCCUCGCCCAACCACAAACCUUAUUCUGCCGCGCCGGUUCACAGGCGAACCCACGACCACCAGAGUACCGAUACUUUCAACUCUUGCAAACAUCACGCGCCCUACCGAUGCGCCAGACUUCGCUGCUGCAGGUGCUUUGCAUAAGGUCCAAUUGGACUAUGAGAGGCUUAAAGAGCAUAGACGGCGCUUCGAGGCCGAAAUCUCGAAGCUCGAUGCCCAACAGCGGCAGGAGGAGAGGGAGCUUCAGCAGUUGGCAGAGGAUUUGAACGCCAGAUUCGGUGGCCAUCAGUCCGAGCCGACAACUCCCCCAGAGUAUCGUGAUUCCUCCGGUUUCCCGUCGAUUUUCUCGCGCCCGAACCGUUACUCGACCUCGAGCUUGACUUCCCCGCAGAGCCUGUUUAGCCGCCCUGUUCGGUCUGUGUUGACCUCGCCUCUUUCGGGAACUUUGCCCUCGCGGUUUGCUUUCGAUGACACCCUCCCGUCGCAUUCCCUACUCAGUUCACGGAGGAAUAGCAAUGAUGAUGAGAAGGAGGCGGCAGUCCGUCAGGAUCCCACGAGCCAUCGGUCAACUAACACACUCAACCGGUAUUCUAUGCCAGUGACGAGGUCUCGGACGUACUUCGACAUCGGACUCGAGGACAGCAACAACACAACCGGCUUCCUGUUCGGCGACGAAGACUCGAACACUGAGACCAAGACCACUCCUACAGCGCCUGUCGGCAGCAGCGACGUCUUCUCAUUCUUAUCACGGCCUACCGGAUUUGCAAGCAUGGCAUCCACCACUUCUUCUGCUGCGCCGGACUUCGGCCUGUCCCAAACCUCAGCUACUGAUUUUUCGAGCAACGGUUGGAGCAGUAUUAACAAGCAUCGCCAGAGUAUGUCUACCAUUGGCCAGACUCAACUUAACGGUGCAGCCUCUGUCGGCUCUCCCUCGGAGACCAGCACCAUCGGCAGCGCUCGCCCUGCCAAUAUGCGCCACUCGGUCGAUGGCAGCAAGUUCUUCCCCGAGUCUUCGGCUCCCUCGGCCGAAACCCCGGCCCCGGCUUCGACCAUUGUUUCUCCGCCCAGCGUCCAGGCGAUGGCUUCCCCUCCCAAGCUUCACCAGUCUUACUCGGCCAGCGAUGUCCCGGCUGUGAAGCCUAAUGGCUCGACUACUGUGUCCCCGACUGGUGCCAACAACCAUGCGCAGCAGCAUCUCCAGAACCACAACGCUGCCCUCGGUCGCAUUCCUGCUAGCGCUGUUCCAGCCCGCCACAGCCGGGAGCUCUCUGCUGAUGUUUCGCCGCCGUCGCCCAAUGCCCGGGAGACUACCACUUAUCCGUCCAUUACCUCUACUCUGCAGGCUAGCGCUCCUCCUUUCGGGCCUGUCUCUACUCAGCCUCAGCAGCCCCCUGCUACCGCGGCCCCGACUAUGCCGGUUCCCGCCCCUAUGCCUUACCCCUUCUACCCGGCUGCUCCUCCCUAUCAGCCCAUUAACGCCCCGCCUGCUGGUUACCAGGCGUUACCCAUGCUGAUGCAGAACAUGUCCAUAUCCAACGGCAAUCCUCCUCCCAUGUAUCCUCAGCAGAACUUCACCGGCUAUGGUCCUUUGUACAACCCUGCCCCUGCGCCUCGUCAAUCUCAUGAUAGCCAGGCUCGUGUCAUCCAGAGCCGUCGUCAGAUGGACAGUGAGGCCAUGGCUCGUUAUAACAACCUUUCUCUCGAGCAGUGCGCUGGUAACAUUUACUCCUUGUGCAAGGAUCAGCAUGGCUGCCGCUACCUUCAAAAGCAGCUGGAGAACCGCAUUCCGGCUCAGAUCCACAUGAUUUGGCUCGAGGUUAACCAGCACAUUGUAGAGUUGAUGAUGGAUCCCUUCGGUAACUACCUGUGCCAGAAGCUCGUCGAGUUCUGCAGUGAUGAGGAGCGCACCGUUCUCAUUCAGAACGCCGCCCCUGAGAUGGUUCGCAUUGCCCUGAAUCAGCAUGGUACUCGAGCCCUCCAGAAGAUGAUCGAGCAUGUGACCACGCCGGCUCAGGUGAACCUCAUCGUUGAGGCCCUUCGUCAUCAGGUCGUCGAGCUUAUUCAGGACCUCAACGGCAACCACGUCAUUCAAAAGUGUCUGAACAAGCUGAGCGCUACCGAUGCGUCCUUCAUCUUCGAUGCUGUCGGCAAGAACUGCGUCGAAGUUGGCACUCACCGCCACGGCUGCUGCGUCCUGCAGCGCUGUAUCGAUCACGCCGACGGCGCCCAGAAGGUGUGGCUUAUUGAGUGCAUCACUGCCCACGCUGUUACCCUCGUUCAGGAUCCCUUCGGCAACUAUGUCGUCCAGUACAUCAUCGACCUAAACGAGGAGACCUUUACUGAGCCGCUCGUCAACCAGUUCAAGGGUCGCAUCAUCUCGCUUUCCAAGCACAAGUUCAGCUCCAACGUGGUUGAGAAGUGUCUGCGUUGCGCUUCCGACGCUGCUCGCGACAUGAUCGUCAACGAGCUUUUGACUCCUGGUGAGAUGGAGCGCCUGCUUCGCGACUCUUUUGCCAACUACGUCAUUCAGACCGCCCUCGAUUAUGCGACUGCCAACAUGAAGCCCCGCCUUGUCGAAGCCAUCCGCCCCAGUCUGCCGUCUAUUCGUGCGACUCCCUAUGGUCGUCGCAUCCAGGCGAAGAUUCAGGCUUAUGAUGCUCGUGGCACUACCACCAACAACGGCCAGACCCCCACCGAUCCUUCGGGCGGCCAGGUCUCGGUCCGUUCAUCGCACAACCGCAACAUGCAGACCAGCGCCUCCAUCCUCAACGCGCCGGCUUAUGCCAAUGGCAACUCGGCUGCCAACGGUGUCAACGGUACCAACGCCAACAACAGCCGCGCCGGUACUGGCAUGUAUCCGUCCAGCACUAUGAUCGCUGUUCCUCCCCCUCGGCCCGCUCAGCCGCAGACUGCGCCUGUUCCUUCCACCCAGGCGGCUCAAGCCCCUCGAGCCCAGCAGCAGGCUCAACCCCCGCAGCAGUUCCUGCCUCUUGCCCCUGCUACUCAGAACGGGGAGGGCCAGUGGGUCUAA